AUGUCGCGGAGCGCCCACGACGCGUUGACGCCGGCCGUCCCUAAGGCCGACGCGCCGCUUCCUCCGGAGCCGUCCGCGGAGGCGGUCAGGACCCGCGUGCGGGCCGUGGCACGGUUUCUACGGCGCGUGCUGCCGCUAUGCCAGGCCCACACAGUGGAGUUUUUCACGCGGGGUCUGUGGGAGGAGGUGGCGGCGCUUCCUCCGGAGGCCGUGUUGCGCGAGCUGAGCGGCGAGAGGCUUCGGCGACUCCUGGGAGAGCCGCCUCCACAGCGCCCUCUGGAGGAGGCCGCCGAUGGCUGUGAUUUUUCCAACAUUUUCUGUGAACAUUCUCAGAAGUUGAUCAAUGUGCGGGCUUUUGCUCUGGCUGCCAAGUAUUACUCCAUGCCAAAUCUUGGAGUGUGUACCUUUUUAGAAGAGAUGCUUAAAGCAUUCAAUAGCCAACAGCAGCCAAGAUCUGACGUAGAAAUGAAAACAGAUAACUUCAUGAAUAAUAAGAAGUCACAUGAAGUACAGUUGAUGUCCGCGCUGGUGGAUGGCAUUGCAAAGUAUAAUGGCUUAAAUCAGGUGAUUGACCUGGGCUCUGGAAAAGGCUACCUGAGCUCCUUCUUGUCAUUGCAGUAUAAUCUGAAAGUUUAUGGAAUUGAUUCUUCAAAUACAAACACCCAUGGAGCUAAUGAAAGAAACAGGAAAUUGAAGAAACACUGGAGAGCCUAUCAAAGUCAGGCAAGAGCAAAUGUCAGAGGCCAAGUGUUGGAAAAGGAAAAAGAAAGACCAGAGCAAGAUAAAGAGAAAUGUAAAGCAAAUAUCAGUGAAAAGCUCUUAAGUACUAAUAACAGUCUUCAGAGUCAGGCCCAGGUGGCUCCUCCAGAUUCUAUUCUUUUUGAAACAGCUAAUAUUUUCACAGACUCCAAUACGUCUGUUACUAGCAAACAAUAUAUACUUCCCUCUGGGGCUCAGGUUCAGCUCAAUGAGAACAACAUUUCAGAAAAUGCAUUUCUAAAUAUUUUGCCUGCUGAUGCUGUGGAAACGGACUGUUUGCCCAAAAGUAAUUGCCGGGAGCUCUGUGAAGAGGAGAAAGAACGAAGGAAAAUGGCGUCUCUUAAAGCCAAAGCAAGCAGAUCAAAAGAAGCUAACAUAUAUUCUCCAUUAACAUCCUAUAUCACUGCAGAAACAGAGCUAAGUGAUCUUGUUACAGAUCUGGAGGACUGCGUAAUGGUGGGUCUGCACACAUGUGGUGAUCUCGCCCCAAGCACUCUCCAGAUUUUUGUUGCCAAACCUGAGAUAAAGGCAGUUUGCAGUGUGGGCUGCUGCUACCAUCUGCUGUCAGAGGAACAUGAAACAGAGAAAGGUGACAUUCAAGGAACCUGGGGUUUUCCCAUGUGCCAGUAUUUAAAGGAAGAGACUUGCUUCUGUGGUCGUAAUGCCAGAAUGGCAGCCUGUUUGGCUCUGGAACGAGUUGCAGUGGGCCAAGUGCUGCCUACAGAAUCACUGUUUUAUCGAGCUGUCCUACAAGUUAUUAUUGAAGAAUUUUAUGGAGUCAACAGAAGUGACCGAAACAUUGGAAAAGUAUUUUCUAAAUCAUCUUCCUUCCUUGAUUAUGUUCGAAAAUCCUUAAAAAAGCUUGAACUUGAUGAGUCAAAGAUUUCAGACUGCCUCAUAAUGGAGUACUUUGAAAAAUACAAGCACAGAAUGAAUGAGCUGGAAGCUUUUAAUAUGUUGAAAGUUGUUCUGGGACCUUGUAUAGAGACGUUGAUACUGCUAGAUCGUCUGUGCUAUCUCAAAGAACAGGACAACCUUGCCUGGUCUGGACUGGUGAAGUUAUUUGAUCCCAUAAAAUCCCCCAGAUGCUAUGCAGUUGUGGCUAUGAAGAAACAGACAUUUCACACACAACCAAAUUGCUAGCAAAACUCUGAACUGAUGCUGCUGCUCUUUUUUU